UAAUUUACGCUCAGUUACUCAAUCCUCAUGCUGUUUAUGAAGCCCACGAUGACAAUUGACUCCAACAAAUUACCGUUAAACCAAGUGUGAAACCGCCCCCCAUCUCUGUUUGUUUCCGCAACGGCUAGUUUCUACUGCCGGUAAAAUCUAACAAUAUUUCACCCACUUCUUCCCUUGUUCCACAGCUUUGCUGGACCAGAAUCCCCCCCAGACAGAAAAGCCAUGCUGCGAAACCAGAAUCUCCUCUCUACCUUCUUCUUCACACUCUUCUUCUCUCUUUCUCUCUCCAACCCAAGCCCAGAAGAUAAAGCCGCCUUGCUCGCAUUCAAAGCCUCCUCUGACCGCUCCAACUCCCUCGCCUCCUGGGCCGAAUCCACCGAACCCUGCGCCGGGUCAUGGCUCGGCGUCACGUGCAACCCGAAAACCCGUCGGGUCACCAAGCUCGUGCUCGAGAAUCUCAACCUCACCGGUUCGAUUCAGCUGCUCACCGGACUCGACCGCCUCACCGUCCUCAGCCUCAACCAAAACCUCCUCUCCUCCUCCCUCAACCUCUCCUCCUGGCCCCACCUCAACCACCUCUACCUCUCUCACAAUAACUUCACCGGAACCAUUCCCGCCGGAAUUUCCCGCCUCCGCCACCUCCGCCGACUCGACCUCUCCCACAACCAACUCUCCGGCGAAAUACCUGUCGCCGAGCUGACUCGGUUGUCUAAGCUGUUAACUCUGAGGCUCGAGUCCAACUCGCUCACCGGCUUCGGCGGCUCGCCUCCCGACGCGUCCUCUGCUCCGUUCACGGAUUUCAAUGUGUCCAACAACGAACUCGCCGGGAAGAUUCCUCUGUUUCUGGAGAAGUUCGGUGCGGCGUCGUUUUUGGGAAACGUGCAGCUCUGCGGGAAGCCGCUGCCGCACGAUUGCCCCGAUCCGACGGCCGUUAAGCCGCCGUCCCUACCACCGGCCGAACCGGAAGCCAAACCGCACUCGAAACACGCUGCUCUGAUCGGCGUCAGCCUCAUGCUUGGGUUUCUGGUGAUCGCCGGCGCCGUCACGCGGUGGCGGCAGAGGAAGAGGAGCGAUGUUGUUGUCGUCGGCGGCGGGAACCCCAAGGUGGCCAACGGAUACAGUUACGUGAAAAGGCACUACGGGUCCUGGGAAUUAAAGAGCGGCGGGUCCCACAGAAACGGUUAUGGGCCGCGUGGGCCUAACGGGUCCGUAAGUGGCGGGCCCAAGGAAAGCGAGGAGAUGGUGGUGCUCGAGGGAUGCCACCCUGGUGUUGGGAAGGUGGGCGAUCUGCUGAGGGCGUCGGCAGAGCUGCUCGGGAAGGGAAGCGCGGGGGCCACUUACAAGAUCAUGAUGAACGGCUGCAAUGACAUGGUGGCGGUGAAGAGGAUGAGGGAGAGGAGAAUUCACGGCAAGGAAAUCGAAGCGUGGUUGAGAAUUGUCGGCGAAUUGAAACACUCGAACAUUGUGAGCCUGAGAGCCUACCACAACUCCAACUACGAGCUUCUUUUGGUGUAUGAUUUUCUGCCUAACGGAAGCCUACAUUCUCUUUUGCACGGGUUUAGAGGACCGGGGAGGACACCGUUGGACUGGAGUACAAGACUGAAACUAGCUUGGGGCUGUGCACAAGGACUUGCUUUCAUCCAUGGCUGUGGCAAAGGCAAGCUCUAUCACGGACGCGUUAACUCGUCCAACAUUUUAAUCGAUCACAUGGGGAAUGCUUGUGUUGCUGACAUUGGCCUCCAACAACUCUUGGUUGCUCAAAGUUCGUCCUACAAUGCCUACAAAGCCCCGGAGUUGAUCAUGUCGAGUAGUUUUAGUCCCAACAAGUACACUCGCAAGUGCGAUGUGUAUAGCUUUGGGAUGGUUUUGAUGGAGAUUUUGACGGGGAGGAUGGCGGGCGAGGAAGGAGAAAUGAGCUUGGUGGAGUGGGUUAACAGGGCGGUGAAGAAAGAGCUUGGUACAUGGGAACUUUUUGAUUUCGUGCUGUUGAGUGACAAGGAGAUGGAGGAGGAAAUGUGGGCGCUUUUGCAGGUGGCAUUGCUUUGCACAGCCGCGCAGCCUAAAGAUCGUCCAACGAUGAACAUGGUGCACAAUAUGAUCGAGGACAUUAGGAACAAGGGUGUUAGAGAAGAUGGGACCAAGUCUAUUCUAGAUGACAUUUCGUUUGAUACUUCUUCUCCUUCACAAAGCACUCCCUGAUGACAGUGGCAGAUGGCAGCAAACUUCAUUUUGCUUAAUGUUUUGAGCUAGCUCUUGCAGCAUCUAUGGAUUGCGGGAAGCAUCAAUAAAGAGACUCGAUUUCUUUCAAUUUCUUAAUGUAUUGCUACCAUUUGAUAUAGUAUGCCUAAUGAUUCUUGUGCUUGUUAAAAUCAACUGUGGGUGUGGGGGAGACCGAUUGCAAUGGAACAUAGCAGGCUCUCAUUUUGCUGACU